AUGUACAUGUAUUUAUCUUCUUGUGGUCAUCGUUCAUAUUGUACAACCUAUCCCAUCGAAAAGGCUUGCUUCACAUCUUACAACGGCCAUCCCAACACAGUAGAUACAGAGGCUUGCGAUGCCAUUCGCGCCAAUUACACGAGCAACAGCUUGCGCAUCGAUAACCCGCAGGUUUAUAUGCAACUCACCAACCAGAUUUGCGUGUCCGACCCCUCGGAUCAGUGCGUAUUUGAUGCUAAAUCGCUGCCAGCCACUAUGCCCUCUUCAAAUAGCACCUGCAGGCCGGGAAACACUCCUUCCUACUUCCUCGAGGUUAAGACAGCCGCUGAUGUCUCUGCCGCAUUCAAUUUUGCCAAGGAAAACCUGGGCGUUCAAAUCUCUGUGAAGAACAGCGGUCAUGACUUUAUGACCCGAAGUUCCAGCAAGGGAACUCUGAAUCUCUGGACACAUAAAUUGAAGGGCAUGACCUAUCACGACAAUUUCAAGCCCAAGGCAUGUGGGAAGAGCGUGGGGGCUGCCAUGACUGCCAUGGCUGGUGUCUCUACUGGUGAUGCCUACGACUUUGCAGAUGCGCACAACGCUCUGAUCAUGGGUCCCUAUGCACCAAGUGUACCUAUUUCAGCUGGAUGGGUUACCGGAGGUGGACAUAAUGCCUUCGCUCCUGUCUUUGGUCUAGGUGCCGACAGAGUUGUUGAGUUCAACAUCGUUACUCCCGAUGGAGUUGAGCGAGUGGCCAACGAGCAACAAAAUUCUGAUCUUUUCUGGGCCCUUCGUGGAGGCGGGGGAGGUGCGUUUGGUGUUAUUCUCAGUGCUACUCACCGCGUGGAGCCCAGAACCCCAAUCGCCUACGCCGACAUCCAUCUCCCGAGCAACAUCACUACUAACCAAGCUCUGGACUGGGUGAAGCUCCUUGCUGAGGACUCCCUUGCGUGGGGCUACUCUGGCUGGGGUGGUCAUGUUGGUGGAACUUUCGUCACUCACUUUAACCCUCUUCCAGCCUUAACCAAUGACAAUGGCACCACAGCUCGCGCCGCUUUCCAGCGUGCUACUGACUUCGCCCUUGCCUUGGAAGGCACAAGUCACGUCGCAGUUGAAGAGAGUUUCAGUACCAUCUUCAACAGAGAUAUGAUCCCCAAGCAUAGCAAGAUGGGCGGUAACUUCCACUUCACGACUACCAGUCUCAUGCCCACCUCUAUGUUUGAAUCCGCUGAGGGCAUUGAAACCCUAAUACAGUACAUGCGCGAAGCUAUCGACAUGGGCUUUGACCCUCGCAGCUUCUACACCCCCGUGACCACGCCAUUUGUAUACAAGGCCAACGGAACCGAGAACGCUAAGCCAAAGGACUACGGUACCAGUAUGACCCAGGCCUGGUAUAAGGCCCUCUGGCACGUUGAGUCCAGCAAGGUCAUCCCCGUCGGUUCCACCCACCAGGAACGCCUAACCGCCUUGACUAACUUGACCACGCUUACCGUCAAGCUCGAGAAGAUUAUGGGUGCAGAUGGUGGUUCAUACAUGAACGAGGCCGACCCUUACACUCCUGAUUGGACAGAAUCUUUCUACGGUCUCGACAACUACGAGAAGCUUCUCAAGAUCAAGAAUAGGUAUGACCCUCAGGGUCUCCUCAAGUGCUGGAAGUGUGUCGGAUUCGACGAGAAGGAUUCCGACCUCGAGAGGUUCGCUUGUAACAAGAAGAUUCAGGCCGACAUAAUCCAGGGCCUAAAGGCAUAG